AUGGCGCACGGCGACAUCGAGAAGAUCACCACCGAUGAGCUGCCUAGCUAUCCCGUCGACCGCAAGGCCUCAGGCCAAGGCCGGCGCAAGAGCUCCGCCGUCAAUCCUGAGAUUCUUGCCGGCGAAAUAUUCGAUGAGCGCUUUGAGAAAACCCAGCGCGGCUUGAAGUCUCGCCAUGCCCAGAUGAUUGCCCUCGGCGGCACCAUUGGGACAGGCCUGUUCGUUGGAUCGGGCCAGACGUUGGCAAGAGGUGGUCCUGCAUUCAUACUCGCAGCGUACUGCUUCAUCGCCUUUUUGGUCUACUGUGUCGUCGUCGCUAUUAUCGAAGUCGCGGCGUAUCUGCCGACACCCGGCUCAUCGAUGAACUUGUUCGGCUACCGCUACGUCUCGCGCAGCAUGGGAUUCAGUCUUGGCUGGCUAUACUUCUACUCUCUCGGUAUAUUGGUCCCAUACGAGAUCACAGCUGCCGGCCUAGUCAUCGAGUACUGGAAUCCAAGUGUCAGCAUUGCGGUCUGGAUCACCGUUAUGAUAGUCGUCAUCGUCGGCCUGAAUGCUCUACCUGUAGGCUUCUACGGCGAGACUGAGUUUUGGUUUGCAUCGACUAAAGUCAUCAUGAUGCUGGGCCUGCUCAUGCUCUCUGUCGUCCUUUUCUGGGGAGGCGGCCCAGAUCGUGACCGUCUCGGCUUCCGCUACUGGAGAAAUCCUGGCGCAGUGAACGAAUACCUGGAGACAGGCGAUCUUGGAAGAUUCCUCGCUCUCCUUAGCACUCUUGUCCUUUCCUCCUUCCCCUUCGCCUUUGCGCCAGAACUCCUCGUAGUCACGGGUGGCGAAAUGAGAAGCCCGCGCCGCAACCUCCCUAUUGCUGCUCGGCGCUACAUCUACCGCCUCAUCUUCUUCUACGUCGGCUCCGUCCUAGCCAUCUCCGUCAUCUGCCCCUCAGACGACCCGGCUAUCACCUCCGGCGGUGCGGGCGCUGGCGCCUCCCCUUUCGUUGUUGGCAUAAAGAAUGCUGGAAUCCCGGUGUUAGACUCCAUCAUCAACGGUGGUAUCAUUCUAUCAGCCUGGAGCUCUGGUAACUCGUUCCUCUACCUAUCAAGCCGCUCGCUAUACUCGCUCGCACUCUCCGGCAGCGCACCGAAGAUGUUCAAGGCCUGCACCAAGAAGGGCGUCCCCUAUAACGCCGUCAUCUGCUCCUCUCUCUUCUGCGGACUCGCCUACCUGAACGUCGGAUCCAACAGCGCAGUAGUCUUCAACUGGUUCGUGAAUCUUACGAACGAGUCCGCAUUCAUAUCCUGGAUCUGCUGCUGCAUCAUCUACCUACGCUUCCGCAAAGCCUGCAUCGUGCAGAACAUCGAGGUGCCGUACCACAACUUCCUCAUGCCCUGGGGCGCCUAUGCCGCCAUUGCCGGCUUUGCUUUCUUGGCCCUCAUCAACGGCUUCAAUGUCUUUUGGCCCCAGCUCUGGAGCCCGGCUAGCUUCCUCACGUCGUAUAUCGGCGUCCCCAUCUUUCUGGCUAUCUACUUUGGCCACAGGAUCUAUGCGAAGAGCGAUCCGUGGGCGCAUGCGCCCGAGGAUGUGGACAUGUAUACGGGUCUUGCGGAGGUGCUGGCGGAUGAAAAGCCGCCUAAGGGGGCGCAAACUGGAUGGAAGAGCUGGGUUACUGCGCUUUGGAAGUGA